AUGCCUGCGAUUCCGCCCAACACGACGCUGUUCGUCAAGAACAUCAACACCAAGGUCAAGAAGCCAGAGCUGCGGCGGCAGCUGACGUCGCUCUUUUCGACGUACGGCAAGCUUCUCGACAUUGUGGCCACGCGGGCCGACGGGAUGCGCGGGCAGGCGUUUGUCGUGUUCAAGGACCUAACGGCCUCGACGGCGGCGAUGCGGGGCCUGAGCGGCUUCGAGUUCUAUGACAAGCCGCUCUCGAUCGAGUACGCCCGGACCAAGUCCAAGGCCACGCUCGUCCAGGAGCUCGGGCCCGAGGCCCUCUUUGACCAGGAGCUCGCCAACAGCAAAAACAGGCUCGCCGCCCAGAGCGGAACGGGUGCCGGGCAGCAAGGGCAGCAGGGCAAGGUGACGAUCUCGAGGGCCCAGGCGGAGGCCCAGGGGAGGGAGAAGAAGAGGGCUAGGGAGGAGGCGGGCGUGGCGAGCGACGACGACGACGAAGACGGAGAGGGACCCAAGAAAGUCAGGCGGGGCGGCGACGAGGACGAAGACGAUGGUGACGCCAUGGAGAUUGGCGGAGAGUCCGACAACGAAGACGAAGGCCCACAACCCGCCCCUGCCCCCGCCACAUUUGACCCCAACUCGCCACCGCAGUCUCUGCCCGGCGACGUUGCGAAUCCCAUCCUGCUCUGCUCGGAUCUGCCGGCAGAGACGUCCGAGGAGCAGCUCGGUGUCCUCUUCCAGCAACACGCCGGGUUCGAGAGCGUCAUGCUGCAGAGCAAGCCGACGCACCACGCCUUUGUCACGUUUGCCUCGACCGAGCAGGCAUCGAGCGCCCGGUCGGCGAUGCAGGGCUUCAAGCUCUCGCCCGACACGACGUUGCAGGUCGACUUUGCCAAACGGGCCUGA